AUGGGUUGCUACAAGGAGAGCGUACUAUGGCCUAUUUCUGGCUACACUAUAAUGAUUUGGAUAGUCGACGAAUUGAUACAUAAUUACUAUUUACUGAAUUUGAUAAAAUUAUCACUACUUAAACUUACUCACAACAAAAAGUAUCGCUUUAAUAUUGCCUUAUCAGUCACAAACCCUACAAAGUUUUGCGAAGAAUUCAUUAUAUGUAGUGAAAAAAAUAUAUGCACUUCCCUUAGAUGGGUCAAGGCAUUUGAACAUUUGGAAAAACCUGAAGCAGCCCUGAACUUUGAUUUUAAUCAGUUCACUUCAGACAAAGCUUUUGAAAUUUAUUUGUUUGUUCCAACAACAAUUCUCUACAAAUUUGGGGGCGACAGUUGUUCACCGGAUAAAAUAACACACUUUAGUACCAAGGCAUCUGUUCACAUCAGACUUAUAGUUUCUGAAAAAACUGGUGUUAACGAACAUGUACCAUUUUCUGAAACUGAUGCCUUUGGAGUUGAAAUCCUUAAAAGUAUUUCUCAGUUAGCAUCUGGAACAUUUGCUAUCGUUCGAUUAUGUUCAUUUGUCAAAACAUGCUCAAAUGGCUGCACCACGUGGUUACUGGGCAAACACGAACGUGGUUCUAAUCAUAUGAAAACAUCAAAACGAUCCAAGGAAAUACAAAUUCAUAUGUUGUCAUUUAUUGAUCAUUCACAGCCCAUUAAAUUACCCUGUGGAAAAGUUUACGUUGUGAGUGAUUCUAUAGAGCAUGAGCCUGUGUUAAUGAAACCAACACUGUCAGCUUCUUCUGAAUUUACUGAUAGAUAUUUUAGACCACAUACGUGCCCCAAUUCUUUCAGUACCUCCGAUUGUUGUAUUCAUCCUCAUUUGUGGUCACGUGUAUUUGUGAAUGAAAAACUAGUAAAUGAUUUAAAUCGUAGAAUUUAUGAGUCAGCUAAAGACGAAGCGAACUCAAGAAAAUGUUUAUUUAACUGGUUUACUGAUGAUUACGGUCAAAAAUCAAGUCUCCUUGACAACAAAAAGGUGCUAGCAAGGAGAUCAUCAGACGGUCAUUACUACCUUGGGUCAGUUCAAACUGUCAAAUCCCAUCUACCUGUGGAUCAAGUUUUUAUACGAUUCGGUCCUAUACACAAUUUAACAAGCUUUGAUUUGCGAAAAUCCAGAUCAACUACCUCGAAUUCGGAUACAUUUCAUUAUGAAUGGCUUGAUAUAACAGAAAUCAUUGACUUAGAGCACGCUAUCAGACACUCAAUUGAACCAGGUGAUUGUGUUCUUGUACCCUACAGUUGGCCCUUUCCAAAGUGUCCCAUCCUUAAUGUGGAAAAACCAUCUAGUUUUGAGAAUCUCCGUUACUAUGCAGCUAUCGUAGUUUCUGGUCGAGAACAAAGAGCUGACAAGUUAACUAAAACUAAACAUUUCACAGAUGAUCAAAAACUUUUGGUUGAAUUAGCUAGUUCGAACACUCGUGUUGGUCAUAUUUAUGUUCCAAAGCAAAAAGCUGUUUGGAUUUCACCGAAUACUUAUCAACGAAUUGUAUUAGAACAAUAUAUGACACCAGAAUGUAGGAAAUGGUUAAAAAAUAAAACAUUUCUUCCAAAUAGUUAUCCAUUUCAAUCAGCUCCAGGUUAUCCUGCUGAUGGAUUUGGUAGAUUUAAAUCAUAUAAAAAUAGCCUUCAGUCAGAUUUACACAUUCAACCGUUGACUUUUCAACAGUUCAGACAUGGAGCGGAUGUUCAAUUUGAAUAUUGUCCAUCACUUCAAUGUUGGCCUCUCUAUUCAGUCGUGAAUGAUUUAUUACCAGUAACUAAUGGGUGCCCCGUUUGGUGUGAUAACGAAGCAACAAGCAAAAAUUUAAUAAAACUACCCACUAGUAAAGUUUCAAAUAAUCAUUUUCAGUCAUCUGGACCGAACUGCGAACAGAAUUUUGAGCCUAAAUUAGUGUAUAGGUCACGCAACAAACAUUAUCAAUUAAGAAUCUAG